UUUUCCGAAUCUAUAUAACAAAGUGCUUCACCACCAUAAACACAUUCACUACAUGCAGAAGUCACGUAUAUAUUAAUGUUCAUGAACUCUUAUCCUCAAAUAGCCUAAGCCUCAAAUUAAUCGCUAAAAAAGUUUCUAAUUUUGGGUUUAAUUUUUGUUUCGGUUUUUAAUUAAUCGAUACUCAAAAAGAAUUCGAAAGAGCGGUCACGACGUUUCAUAGAGAAUCGUCAUCUUCUUCUUCUUCGGUUUUGUUCUCUCCUUUUUUUGAUUUUCACCGCCGGAGAUUUUGUAUUUUCCGAUUUAUAAAUUUUAUUCGCCGGCGGUUUAGAGAUAAUGAAGGGGAGGAUAUCAAAAAUAGGAAGCUAUGCAAUCUCAUCUUCCAUUAGAGAUCAACAUCAGCAGCAACCUUGUAUUUCUUGUACUACUUUCAACAUCCUUGCUCCGAUCUAUAAACGUCUCUCUCACAAGGAUCAAAGUCUUCGUGAAAGCGAUAAUCGAGCGUAUUGGCUUGGAAGGAAUCAUAGAAUCCUUGAUUGGUUAUUGUAUGAGAGAUCUUCAAUCAUAUGUUUACAGGAGUUUUGGGUAGGCAAUGAAGAGCUUGUUAAUUUAUAUGAGAAGAGACUUGGUGACGCUGGUUAUUUAAGUUACAAGCUUGGUCGUACUAAUAAUCGUGGUGAUGGUUUGCUUACUGCUGUUCAUAAGGACUAUUUUAGAGUUGUGAACUCGAGGGAUUUGCUCUUUAAUGAUUGUGGUGAUCGAGUUGCGCAGUUGCUACAUGUAGAAUUAGUUCCUCCUUACUCUCAGUAUGAUGCUCAUCAAGAAGUUUUGAUUGUGAAUACUCAUUUGUUGUUUCCUCAUGAUUCAACAUUGUCUAUAGUAAGAUUGCAGCAGGUAUAUAAGAUUCUUCAGUAUGUAGAAUCUUAUCAGAAGGAAGUUAAUCUCAGUCCUAUGCCUAUUAUUCUUUGCGGAGAUUGGAACGGAAGUAAGCGAGGGCAUGUCUACAAGUUUCUCAGGUCACAGGGUUUUGUGUCUUCUUAUGACACUGCUCAUCGGUACACAGAUUCAGAUGCUCACAAGUGGGUAAGCCACCGGAAUCAUCGGGGUAACAUAUGCGCUGUCGAUUUCAUAUGGCUUUUAAAUCCAAAUCGGUAUAGAAAGCUGCUAAAAACAAGUUGGAGCGAGGCAGUGUUUGGCAUGUUCAGGUAUCUACUAAGAAGAGCUUCACUAACAGCUGAAGAUGCUUUUGCUUUUCUGAAAACUGACAAUGAUGGUGACCACAUUACAUUCAUGGGCUUCUGUGAGACUCUUCGGCAGCUCAAUCUAACAGGUCAUUGCAAUGGACUAACGACAAAAGAGAUCAAAGAUUUGUGGAUUCAAGCUGACAUUGAUGGAAACGGUCUUCUGGAUUACAAGGAGUUUCAGCAAAGAAUAUGGAACCAAACCUGGUCAGAACAAAGAGAUGCAGAGGACGGAGAAGCAAAAGGUAACCAGGAACAAACCGUUGGAUUCAGUGUCAAGAACGCGGUUCUGUUUCCACCUGAAGUUGAAAAAGGAAUGUGGCCAGAAAAUUACUCUCUAUCAGAUCACGCGAGACUCACCGUUGUAUUCUCACCCAUAAGAAUGCCUUGCUCUCAAUUGGUUUCAUGACAAAAACACUCACCAAGCAAACUUUAGCUUCUUCCAUUUAAAGAGACCUCUGAGUUUUGGUGACCCCUUACAGAGAAGUAAACCUAAGCUCUGUGUCCAUUGGAUCGGCUUGAAUGAUCUCACUUUGCGGUUACUGCGUUGGGGGGGAAGAAGAGAGAAAGAGGACUGAGGUCAAUAAAUUUUUACUCUGUACAAAAACAUGUAAACUAAAUAUAUAGCUUCAUGUAAAAAAAUGUUGUAGUAGAGAUUUAAGAAGCAGCUUUUUCAUUUCUGA